UUUGCCUGAGAUAUCUAUGCCGAAAUUAACCAGAAAUUUUCAAAUGUGUACUUAUCUUUAUAACCUGCGAAUAUUAUUUUGUAAAAUCAGUUAUUUAUCUAAAAUGCGAAAGCAAUCGUUUGUUGUUUUACUAUAACACUUAACACGGGCGCGUGUGUUGAAUGUUUGAGUACUACGCGGUAGAUCGCGAGUUCAAUACUGAAAACGGCAAAAUUGUUUAAUCAAGUGAAGUGUACUUAUAUCAAUAACAAAUAAAUCAACGGUAAAACGCAGGACAACAAGUGUAAUACUAAUUACUGAAAACAGCACUUGAAACCUGUUGCUCUUACUGGUUUACCAUAGGUGAAAAAGCUCGGCCCAAAACGCGUCUAUUUCGAAAUUGUCGAUUAUUGCCAUCAUAUUUGCACAUUAUAUAUGUCUGCUAACAGUAUGUCUCUAUAUAUAUUGAUUGGCAUUGAAAAAGAAUAAGAACACUAUGAAAAGCUCUAAACAGAUAGAAAACUAAAGUUAUCCACUAAGCAAGUUAUUUUGGCAGGUGCGAAACAAAAUGUUCAACAAGCUCCUCAAGCGGUUCCUUAUUGUUGCGCUUCCUAAUCUUCUCUUCAUCACAAAUGAACACUUCGGCCACGCAGCUCUCACUGGCCAAUGCAACAUAUGUUUUCAGAGUGAUAUCGCCUGCCUGGAUGAACAGAACUUUGCUGCUUGCGUAGACGAGGCGCCGCUCAAUGUGCGUACACCCUGCCCACCAAACACGGUGUGCACUGCUGAUAAAGGUAUAUGUCAAGCCACCGCCCGAGGUGCUGUACCCGUGUGCUACGAAGAUCAGUGUGGAACAUGUGCAUCUGCGCAAAAGAAUUUCGCCUGUCUCGACGAGACUAUCUAUGCCAUCUGCUAUGAUGGUCAAACACCAGAACCGAGUUCCAUAGAAUCGUGUUCCGUCGGAUAUGUAUGCGAUUUGAAAAACCCUAAAAUUUGUUCGCCUGCGCUAACAGCGAUUCCUUCGUGCACCAUAAGAUCAACAACAGAUACAACAACCAUUACAACAACUGAUACAACAACAGAUACAGCUAUCGUUACAACAACUGAUACCACAGCAGAUACAACUACUGAUACUACGACAAUAACGUAUACAACAACAGAUAGUACAACUGAAGACCCAACUUAUACAACAACUGAUACUACGUCUAAAACUGAUACAACUACAAAUGCGACCCCUAUCCCUACGACAACAACUGUGACAAUAACCGAUACAACAACUUUUAGAACAACAGGAUCAACUAGACCACCUAGAGAUGCAACAACAUUUUGUGCUGAAACGGCCAAGCAAGGAAGAUUUAGACAGGAUGGUGAUACAACAUGUGCCAAAUUUAUUUACUGCUACCGUCUUGCUGGUCAAUAUUUGGGUCGUAAGUACGUUUGCCAGUACUAUUUCAAUGCAGUUACUCAAGAAUGCCAAACGCAACGUCCGGAUGAUUGUUAA